AUGUUAAUUCUGAGUUCACUUUGACAAAGUCAAUUUUUUGCAGAUUGUGUGACAUCGUUCCAAGGUUUGCAGCUCUGAGGUCAGUGUUUCCAUCCUGCACAGCAGCAGAGGUGUUACAAACAAAAAACCUAUCAAAAUGUGAAGUGGAUGUAUCUGAGAGAGCUGCAGUCUGCCUGGCAGUGAGAGGUAGGGAAGACAAAGAAACGAAGGAAGAAACAGGAAAGAGGUUUUACUGAUCAGAGAGAGGAUCUAAUAUCAGCAGCUCAGGAUGGAGGGAACAUCUCUGCUGUGGAUCUUUCUGCUCUCUCUGAUGAGCUGCAGAACAAACCAGGUGAAGCUGAACCUGAGUCCCAACAGAUCUCAGUUUUUUAAAGACAAGUCUGUGACUCUGAGCUGUGAGGAUGAAGACAGAUCUGCUGGAUGGACUCUGAGGAGAAACACCACCAGAGGAACCAGAACUCAGUGUGGAGAUGGAUGGGGAAGACCAUCUGGUUCCAGCUGUACCAUCGGCUACAUGGUUCCAGGUGACAGUGGAGUUUACUGGUGUGAGUCCAUGGAGGCAGCAGCCAGUCAGAGCAUCAACCUCACUGUUUCUGGUGGAUCAGUGAUCCUGCAGAGUCCUGUCCUCCCUGUGAUGGAGGGAGAUCCCCUCACUCUGAGCUGUCAAUCAAAGCAGGACUCCCCCCUCCCAGCUGCUUUCUAUAAAGAUGGCUCCCUCAUCAGGACUGAGCCCGGAGGUCACAUGACCAUCCUCCAUGUUUCCAGGUCUGAUGAAGGCCUCUACAGGUGUAACAUCAGCAGUCAUGGAGAGUCUCCAUCCAGCUGGAUCUCUGUCACAGGUAAACCAACAACUUCAGCCCCGCCCCCUUCCUCAGCUCCGCCCCCUGUCUCCUCCUCCCUCCAUCUUGUCUUCAGGCUGCUCUGCCACCUGGUGGUGUUCUGUCCAUACUUCAUCUCUACUGGCCUCAUGGUGUCUUUGUAUCGACACAGAGCUACAGUCUCCGUGGCGACAGUCCCUCCCCUCCACGCUGAGCAGGGAUUGGCUGAUGACCUCAGGGCCAUCGAGUGUCACUUCUGGGUCACAUGGUGUGAUCAUGUGAUCAUCCUGAACCUCAAACUUCUUCCUUCAUGACUCUGAUAGAGUUGUUGAACAUCCAGGUUGUUGAUGUCUGAGUUACCGUGGAGAAGAAGAUGGGGCAUCCUUCAGUCCUAUAUGUGUUUUAAAACCCGCUAACUCAUCAUUUAUAGAUUUAGUUUUAUUGAGAGAUCAUGAACGAUCAUUUUCAGACCUAAAACUGGUUCCUUGGUUUUAUCUCAACAACUUCAAGCUCCAACCUUUAGUAAGAAACUGAAGAAUCUUUUCCUCUGCACAACUUAAUUUGAUGAAAUCAGCAGUAAACGAUGUUAACAUGA